AUGGCGUCCAAGCAUAGAUAUGCGGUCUACCCUAGCCUCGCUGAUAGGGUUGUGGUCAUCUCAGGUGGUGCGAUGGGCAUCGGUGCCUCUAUGGUCGAGCACUUCUCACUACAAGGCUGCCGCGUCAUCUUCCUCGACAUCUCAGCAGACGCCGCCAACGACCUGAUACAAAAGGUCGUUGGCCUCAAAGUCACUCACGCUCCGAUAUUCCACCAGUGCGAUCUUACAGAUAUCGAUGGAGCGCUCAAGCCAGUCGCAGCCAAGAUACUAGCUGAGUAUCCUCAGAUCCACGGUCUGAUCAACAACGCUGCAGGGAGUGCCAAAGCGCAAAGGAUGCCAACUCAGGAUAUUACAUCCGACAUCUGGAACGCCAGCCUCGCUGUCAACCUCAGCCACCAGUUCUUUCUUACUCAAGCACUACUGCCCGGUCUACUGGCCGCAGGGUCCGCGUCCAUCAUCAACAUGGGCAGCAUAACCUGGGCAAUCCCAUCUACAGGGUCACUAGCAUACGCCACGUGCAAAGCAGCAGUCGUCGGCUUAACGCGGACGUUGGCUCAUGAGUUUGGAUCUAGGGGUAUCAGGGUCAAUAGUAUCAUGCCUGGUUCUGUGGCUACGGAGGCGGAGGUGCGCGAUGUUCAUACGCCGGAGUAUCUUGCGAUGAUUAUGCAAAGGCAGGCGUUGAAUAGGCUGAUAGAGCCGGCGGAUAUUGCGAGGACAGCGUUGUGGCUUGUUGCAGAUGAUAGUGGUGGUGUUACGAAUCAGAAUGUUGUUGUUGAUGGGGGGUGGACUUAG